UUCACCACCCCCGUUUCUGGCCCAAGCCCAUGCGAUCACGGUGGUCGCGGAUGGCCAAGCGACUGCGCACGGAGCAAGCAGAGGAAGCAAAGGAGCAAAGACACGAGGAGAUUGCGGCCCGAGUCGAAGCAGCAGUUCAGGAUGACUCGCAGGAGCGCUUCGUUCGACUGGCGGACCGUGAGGAGGACACGGACAUGUCGAUUGACACGUUGGAAGCUAUCUACAUUGGACAGGCACGAAGCAGCUGGAAAACGGUGCCCCUAGGCAAAAGUGCCUUUGAUUGGCAGAUGUACGCCAGCUUGAUUGAAGAGCUUCAACCCAGAACCAUCAUUGACAUUGGCUCUUGGGCUGGCGGUAGCGCGCUUUUCUUUGCUGACUUUGGGGAGAUGCUCGCCGCCGAGAGAUUUCAAAAGGUGGUAAGUUUGGAUAUCACUCUCAAAAGCGUGAGAGAUCGAGCCCGACAGCAUCCGAAGAUCCAAUUCCAUGAAUGCAGCACCGAUCGAUUCCAGGAGCUCUUUACUGAUGACUUUGGUGCUGCUCUGCCUCACCCGUGGUUGGUUUCUGAGGAUGCUCACUAUCACUUCGACGCGGUCAUGGAGCGCCUCCAUGCUCUUCUCCAACCGGGUGAUUACUUGGUGGUGGAAGACACAAGCACACAGAUGCACGACUGGUUUGAAGAGAACAACGAGAGCAAGGAGGAGAAAAGCGACGCCAAGAAACUGCAGACGGCGGAAGCCAUUCGCCAACUCCGCAACAAGAAGGAGAUCCUCAGGAUUUACUGCUCGGAGCACGCAGAUAAGUAUCGCUGUGACACCAAGGCCUUUGCUCGGUCAUUUUAGUGCUAACACGUGGCCUUCGAAGAGUUCAAGAUGGGCCUUUGAGGUACGUGGACAUGUUCGGUUACAAUGUUGGAAAGCACUGGAAUAGCGUACUGAAACGGAUCGCGUGAAUUUCAGCACUUUUCAAAGCCGCAAAAAGGUGUGCAGC